AUCUUUCAUUCAUUGCUUUUCUCUCAUAAUAUUCUCAUAAGACUCUCUAAUACUCUAUACUAUCGCGUUUUAACUAGUCAUAGUCCUAUACUCAUUACAUUCAUCAAAGAUAAUAGUAGAAAUGCAGUAUAAUGCAACAAUAAAUAAAACAUGGUUUAUAGCAAUAACCACAAAAUAAUUUUACAAAUACUUAUGAAUGAAGGUUUUUUAAAUGAAAAUAAAGCAAAAGAAUUCGUUAUCAAAUUAUUUAAUAAUGAUAAAGUAUCAAUAAUAAUAAAUCAAAUAAAUGAGCAAUUACAACCUUUAAAUAUGUUAAUUAAAAAAGCAUGGUGUGAAAUUACAGGCCAGAUAUAUUGGAUUUUAAUAAGCACUGUAUUUGAUGAAAUAACCAGAUUUCAAUCUGAAUUUUCAAAAGAUCAAUUAGCUUUAUUAAGAACUAUAUUUUCUGAAAUUAUAACAUCAAAUAAUGGAUGUAUACAAAGUACAAUAUGUUUAAAUUUAUGUUCUUUGCCAGAUGUAAAAAUAUCAAAAGCAAAAGCCGAAGAAUUUCUUGAUGAUAUAGUUAAUAGAAAAUGGUUGGCUUAUAAGGAUGGUUAUUAUUAUAUGGGUGUAAGAAGUAUAACAGAAUUAAUGCCAUAUUUUAAAGCUACUUAUGAAAAUAAUUUAAAUAUUUGUAAUCUUUGCAAACAGAUUAUUUUUCAUGGUAAAAAAUGUAAUAAUUGUGAAACUUUUUUUCACUUAUAUUGUUUAAAGAAAUUUAUUAUGAUUUAUAAUUCCAUAAAGUGUUCUAAUUGCAACACAAUGAUUUCAGAUAUUGAUUUAUCUGGUAUAUCAGAUGACUGUGAUCUAGCAGAAGAAAGUAUGGAUAAAAUAAAAUUAUCUCAAGAAAAUAAAAAAUUCUCAAGAAAAAAUUAAAUAUAAUUAAACUGUAAAAUAUUUUUUAUAAAUAUAUUUUAUUAUCGUAAAUAAUUCUAUUAUAAUAUUUUAAUCAUCUAUCAUCUCUUUUAUGCCAGAAGCACAAAUGUAAAUUUUCUAUUUGAUGUUUUUUUAUAGUUAACUUCAAUUUAUAAUGAUAAAAUAGUUUAUAAAAUUGCAUUUUGAAAUAAAUAUUACACCUCAAAAAUGUUACUCUUAAUAAUUAUUUUCAUAUUUAAAAUAUGAAUCCUUAUAAGUCAAAUUGCAUUCUUUGGUAUAAAGAGAAUGAUAUAUGAUAAUGUCUAUAUGUAUAUUGUUACAAACAUAUAUUAUAUUUAAACAUAUUAUUAUAUAAAUUUUAUAGAUAUCUCAAGUGUUUUGACUUUUUUCAAAUUUUUCUCUCAAAUAUUUAAGACCAGCUGCUAUACUUGCUUCAUCUAUAUUUCUAUUUGGUAUCAUCUGAUUCUGUAAUAUAUUAUUGGAUUCUUGUUGUCUAAGCUGAAUUUGUUGGGUAAAAUUAUUUUGAUUUAUUGUUUUAUUAUCCUCAAUAUUAGAAUCAUUUAUAAUUAAAUUAGGAGGAAGUGGUAUAUUAUAAGUAUCUAUAUUUACUUUAUUAUUAGUUUUUAUAUUACUCUGAAUAUUCAUUUCAUAUGGUUGAAAUUUCUCAUUAUUAUUAAUUCUUAAUGCUACAUUAAUAUUUUCAGAGUUUAAAUAACCAGCACUUUUGAAAUUUUCAUAUACUGGUCCAAAUUCAUUAACCCUAAUUUUUCUACAUUUGUGAAUCCAUUCUUCCUGAGACAUUUCAUACCAAUGAGUUCUUUUUCCUAAAAAUUCUCCUAAAAUUUUUAUUUUAUUUUCUUUUUCUAUUUCUUUAUUUAUUUCUAUAUUUUGAUUUUCAUUACUUUCUUUUUCUUUAAUUUCAAUCAAAUUUUUUUCUGCAAUAUGUAUAUUAUCUGAUGUAUUUUGAUUAUAUUCACUAUUUUUUUUUCUGAAUUCUUCUUCUACUGUAUCUAUUGGUAAUCCUGCUCUAAUACGCUGUCUAAUUUUAGCUGCUUUUAAUCUAUUAUAUUCCAUUUUUUCUUUCAAUUCUUUUAAUUCUUUUAUUUCUUUCUGUUUUCUUUCCGUUUCCUUCCUUAAAUUGAAUAAAUUUUCCUGUUGCUUGAUUCUUUCUUCUUCAUCUUGUGAAAAUGCAUAAUAACCAACACCAUGGGUUCUGGCUUCAUCAAAUAAAAUAUCUUGAUAAUGUAUAUUUACUUUAUCAGUUAAUUUUUUUGUUUGUUCUUCCCAUUUUCUUCUCAUAAUUUCUAUUUCAGGUUCUUUUUCUUCUUGAGUAUAAUUUUGUUCAAUAAUAUUAUUUGUUUUUGGAUCAAUUCCUUUUUUAUUUAUUAUUUGUUGUUUUAUUAAUUGAUCUUUUUCUUGCAUUAAACAUAAAUCUUCACGUAAACAUUUUCUUGUGCGACCAAAACAAUCUUCAUAUUCUACCCAGUCAUCUUCAUUUUCUAAUAUUGCAUCAUUUUCUUCAUCUUUUUGUAAUAAUUCUUCUUCAGAUUCAUCUGAUUUAUUUGUGAAAUCAACAAGAAAAUUUUCAUUGGUAGUUUUAGAUUUUUUUAAUUGGUCAUACAACCUUGCCUUUGCUGUUAACAUUAAUUUUGACUUUUUAUGAGUAUCAAUAUCUUCAAUAUACUCUAAUUUUUUCAAAUUUUCAUUUUUAUGUUCCUCUUCAGUUUUUGAGGAUUUUUUUUUCUGCAAUUUUGGAAUACUAUAAAUUGUUUCUGAUUUUAAUUUUGCUUCAUUUACUUCAUGUUGUUUUUUUAAAAGUUCUGCUUUUAAACCCACAAGAGAUGAAAAAUUUACAUUGAUUUUUUUUGUAUUAUUCAUCAUUGAAUAAAUCUGUUAAAAUAUUAAUAUAAUUCAAUUUCACUUGAAAAUAAUACAAA